AUGCUAAUGACGCAGAACACUGCGUCGGCAUUCCAAGGUCAGAACAAUACCGCGACCACAGCUGCUGCAUACUCGGACCAAAACACUUUGGCUGGCUCUGGCGCGGCUCGACACCAACACAGCUACUCUACCGCUUCAACUGCCUCAGACGUGCGCAGCGCCGACGGCGACUUUACAUACACGGCUUACUUUAACGGCAACAACGCCGACACCACCUCCAUCAUGAACGGCAUCGUGGGCACGGUGCCCCCGGGCACCAUGUAUGUACGUGCUCUCUACGACUACGAGGCUGACGAUAGGACGAGCCUUAGUUUCCACGAGGGAGACAUCAUCCAGGUGAUUACCCGUUUGGAGAGCGGAUGGUGGGAUGGAGUCAUCAAUGGCGUCAGAGGUUGGUUCCCGAGCAACUACUGCCAGAUCAUUUCACCGGAAGAGUUGAGGGAACAGGAAGGCAUUGGUGAGGAGCAGGUAGAGGAGGAGAGUGAGGAGCAACAAGAGUAUGAGGAAACGCUUGAUGAAGAGGAUGGGUCGGACCACGACGAUGGGGAUAAUCUUCCGCUCGAGGGCACUGAGGUUGGCCGGUCAAGAGCAGACUUUUGGAUUCCGCAGGCCACCCCUGAUGGUCGACUCUUCUACUACAAUACUAUGACAGGAGAAAGCAGCCACGAGCUCCCGCUGGAGCCUCCGUCCUCGAUCAACGAGACCGGGCCACAUGAUCGCAUGAACGUCACCAUUCCCGACAGGACCAGACCCCCUCCUGAAAUGAUCGCUAGAGGUCUCACCCAAGAGGAAGAGGAGUCUGAUUUGACUUCAGCGUCUGAUCUUGAGGGCGAGAAUCGUCCGAGUGCGGCACGGGUUAGGCCACAAAUGCGGCGCCAUAAUACAACCGAUGGCAUUUCCCCUUCGACGUCAAUGGAUUCGAUCAAUGGCCAACCAUCAAUGACGAGGUCGCGCGGCGACACAUUCGCCAACGGCAGUAUGAUUCAACCUCCAAUGAUCACCUCGGCCACUUCUUUCACAAGCACAACGUACAACUUGCCGACCGCAGCGACAAUCCCACGGUCCUUCUUUGAUGACGGCGGCGCUCCUCCCCUCACAUGGAGCCGACUGGUUUCGGCGAUGAAGAAGGCCAUUGAUCGGUACCGCCAAGCCAUCGAGAGUGGUAACAGAGCCGAGUAUGUGGCGCGCGCUGAGGACAUCUCGGAUCACCUCCGUCUGCUUCUCGCUGCUGGAUCAGGGACAACAGACAACCAUUCGGGUCAGCCAUCUAUCAUCUCCACGAACAAGGCGCUGUAUCCACACUUCCGGGAUAUGAUGUCCAAGUUCUCCAAGCUCGUCAUUUCCUCGCACAUUGCGGCUGCCGACUGGCCAAAUGCUGAGUCUGUACAAAAGUGUCUGCAGGAGGCUGAUGGUGUUCUGCUUGGUGUGUACAGUUAUGUGGAGGUCGCGCGGCAGCAGCGCGGCGAGGAGAUUCCGCGGUUGUUCCCUGGGUUUGUUCUUGGGUCCAACACAGGUGGCAGCUGGCAAAAUAAUGGUCUAGGUCCGCGUGAUCCUAUCACGUCGAACUUCCUAGAUGACGAUGAGGGCGUCAAUGAACCUUCCGCACUUCUCGACGGCAAGCUUCUCGAGCGGCUGGAGGAGAUGAAGCGUGUUCUCGUUUCUAGCAUUCGUGAACUGGACAAGUACCUAGUCUGCACCGACAAGCUUAUUACCGCCUACAAGCACGAGGUAAUUGGCAACAAUGUUUGCACUGCUGGCUCAAAGGUUCUCGACGCGUUCAAGCCGUGGAUCGCGACCAUCGAAUCGAUCGAUCUGUCCAUCCUGGGCGACACGUUCCAGACCCCGCAGCUAGCUGACUUUAGCAUGAACAAGCAAAGCCUGUACGAUAAUAUCUCGGAUUUGCUACUGGGUUGCCAGGCUGUCUGUGGGCCAUUGGCCGAUGAGUGGUCUGAGAUCAGGGGUCAGGCGUUGGAAGAACGGCUUGAGUAUGUUCGGCAGUGCGCAAGGGCUCUGGAGACCAAUUCGUCGCACAUUGGUUUUUCCCUCCAGCUGCUCUCCGAGCAGGUGGCCAUGGUCUUGCAACAGCAGGACCUGGAUAUGCAGAGAGAGCUGAGGAGAAUAGACGCGAUGCCCUACGAUCGGCCACAUCAACGGUCAGACUCGAGAAGCUUUAUCCGGCCUGGCUUGGGUUUGGGAGCGCAGUUCGCGGAUGGCGAAGCGCUCCCCAACUACCGCAAGGCGGGAGACCCGUCCAAGAUGAAAAAGUUCUUCGGCGAGGAUCCUCUCAUCGAUCCUUCGUUGCAGCAACAGAUCCAGCCUCCGGUUGUUGACGACACGCCGGAUUUCCUCAAGUUGGAUCACGACAAGGACUUAUCAUGGGAUAUGAAGGUCAACCCGCCAGCUGUCAAGGGUGGUUCUUUGAUCGCGUUGGUCGAACAACUUACUCGGCACGACAAGUUGGAUGCAAACUUCAACAAUACCUUCCUCCUCACUUACAGGUCGUUUACCACGGCCAGGGAACUGUUUGAGCUGCUGGUUCAGCGCUUUAAUAUCCAGCCCCCGGAGGGCCUGACGCCGGAAGAGCUCGAUAUGUGGAGAGAGCAAAAGCAGAAGUUGAUUCGCUUCCGCGUCGUCAACAUCCUCAAGAGUUGGUUCGAUCAAUUCUGGAUGGAGGACAGCUCAAGCGAGGAGACGAAGCAACUGAUCCGGGACGUCUACAACUUCGCAAAAGAUACGGUCAAGUCAACCGAGACUCCGGGCUCGACUCCGCUGAUGGCCAUCUUGGACCAGCGACUCAAUGGCAAGGAGGUUACCAGCCGACGCAUGGUGCAGACCGUCAACCAGAACACUCCAGCGCCCAUCAUGCCCAAGAGCAUGAAGAAGCUCAAGUUCCUCGACAUCGAUGUGUUGGAGUUUGCACGCCAGCUCACCAUUAUUGAGUCGCGUCUGUAUGCCAAGAUCAAGCCAACGGAGUGCCUGAACAAGACUUGGCAGAAGAAGGUGGCCGAGGGCGAGCCCGAACCUGCGCCCAACGUCAAGGCGCUCAUCUUACACUCCAACCAGAUGACCAACUGGGUGGCCGAGAUGAUCCUGUCGCAGACCGAUGUCCGGAAGCGUGUCGUCGUCAUCAAGCAUUUCGUCGCCGUUGCCGACAAGUGCCGGCAGCUCAACAACUUUUCCACGCUGACCUCCAUCAUUUCUGCCUUGGGUACCGCGCCGAUCGCUCGCCUCAAGCGCACCUGGGAUCAGGUGCCACAGCGCAUCCAGACUACCUUAGAGAACAUGCGCAAGCUCAUGGCCAGCACCAAGAACUUCGGUGUUUACCUGACGGACCUGACUUUCAUCGAGGAUGGUAUCCCGUCGGUCAUCAAAAAGACGAAUCUGAUUAACUUCGCCAAACGCGCGAAGACGGCCGAAGUGAUUCGCGACAUACAGCAGUACCAGAACGUAGCCUACUCGCUGCAGCCGGUUCCCGAACUACAGGACUACAUCCUUAGCAACAUGCAGGCUGCGGGCGACGUGCACGAGAUGUACGACAAGAGUCUGCAGAUCGAGCCACGAGAAAGGGAGGACGAGAAGAUUGUCAGAGUCUUGGCCGAGUCUGGCUUCCUAUGA